AGCCAACCUAUUUCACAUUUCCACCGUGUGAAGAUAGCAGAUGAAAGAGGAGGACAGCCCAGUCGUUUCUUUUGUCGCCGGGGCAUGUUGCGCACCGUGUGCGGACUUCGUGUCAGGACCGCACGUUGUCGAGGCUGAGCGGACGUUUUCACAGGUUGAUGAUGAACGGACGUUUUGUGUUUGGCAACGAGCAGGGAAGCCAGCAAAAGUAAAUAUACGGUUUUAGUCUCUAUAGGCUGCUCCUAGACACGCAGGUUUACAUUUAUAGGAGAAAUAGGCGGCGCCUGCUAUUUCAAGAAGAAAUAGGGACCUCCGAGCAGAAUGACACAUUUAGCGGCUGCAGGUUGGAAUUUAUUCGCCGAAGUUGAAGCUCAGACUUUGGCUACAAGCAGCGUGUAGGAGGCUUGUCUGUCAAUAAGGGACACAGUCUCGCACAUUUUGACAGAUAGCCAAUCAAAGCAGUUAUUAACAUUGGUCCUCUUAUGUCAGUGACCUAUAUCUCAUGCAUGCACGCCAAGAGUCCACAGUAACCUCUCCACCAGUCCAGACAGCAUGGGGAUCAACGGGUUAGACAGUCAAGCGCAGCCGUCCGGCGGAGUUUCCGGGACGGAGCCGCCAGCUGCAGAUCCUCAGAUGGAGCAAGGAGAUGCUCCCCAAGAGGCAGACAAGAGCAUGGGCGUUCAGGCGUCUGGCAGCGAGUGUAAAAUAGUGCAGGAGGACAGCGCCAUGCAGCUGAUCGAGGCCGGGUGCAAGCCGCCACUCUCCCCGGCGUCUGAAUCCGAGCCGGGGGUCCGGGUGGACACGCACGGCCACGGGGCCGAAUUCGUCCCACCCGAGGGGGGUUACGGCUGGCUGGUGGUUUUUGCGGCCACCUGGUGCAAUGGCUCGAUCUUCGGGAUCCAGAACUCUUUCGGCAUCCUGCAUCUGAUGCUGGUGAAUGAGCAUGCGAACCCAGACGACAAGACGUCUCAGUUCAAAGUGGCCUGGGUCGGGGCCCUGGCCAUGGGCAUGAUCUUCUUCUGUUCACCUGUGGUCAGCAUGUUCACAGACCACUUCGGUUGUAGGAAGACAGCUGUCAGCGGGGCAGCGCUGGCUUUUAUCGGGCUGCUCAGCACAUCCUUUGCAAACUCCCUGAGCCUUCGCUAUUUCACAUAUGGCAUACUGUUCGGCUGUGGCUCCUCCUUUGCAUUCCAGCCCUCGUUGGUCAUCCUCGGCCACUACUUCCGCCAGCGCCUGGGCCUGGCCAACGGUGUGGUGACGGCAGGUGCCAGCCUCUUCUCAAUGGGCCUCCCGGUAUUCCUCAACAAGGUAGUGGAACCACUGGGCCUCAGCAGGACCUUCCAGAUCCUCAGCCUCUUCAUGCUGGUCCAGGCCCUGCUGGCACUGACGUUCAAACCUUUACUGCCUGCUGGAGGAGGCAUGGGACCCCCAGGCAUGGGUCCUGGCCCUGCCGAUCCUCAAUCCCAGCCAGGGGCCACGGCUCAGGGAGGGAGCAGGUGGAGCAGGGUCCUGGGUGGUGUCAGGAAGUACUUCAAUCUGCGUGUUUUUCACAUUGUGACCUACCGGGUGUGGGCGUUUGGAGUAGCCACGGCUGUGCUGGGCUACUUUGUGCCGUAUAUCCAUCUGAUCAAGUUUGCGAAGGAGCAGUUCAAGGACACCGAGAAGGAAUGGGUGCUCCUGGUUUGCAUAGGAGCUUCAUCUGGGGUGGGACGGCUCGCUUUUGGCAAGAUUGGUGAUCUCAUUCCUGGUCUUCAAAAGAUCUACAUGCAGGUGGUGUCCUUCAUGGCUCUGGGCCUGAUGUCCAUGAUGAUUCCUCAGUGCUCGGUGUUCGAGGGGCUGGUGGUUGUGUGCGUGUUCCUGGGGCUGUGCGACGGCUGCUUUCUCACCAUGAUGGCUCCCAUAGCAUUCGAGCUGGUCGGGCCCAUGCAGGCCUCGCAGGCCAUCGGCUACCUUCUCGGCCUUAUGUCUCUUCCCAUGACAGCAGGUCCACCCAUCGCUGGUCUCCUGCGUGAUUACUUUGGGAACUAUAAGGUGGCCUUCUCCCUGGCUGGGGUGCCUCCUAUGGUCGGGGGCGUGGUGCUCUUCUUUGUGCCCCUGAUACACCGCAGGCUCCAGCGAGGCCAGGCGGCGGCGUCGCCAGAGGAGACGUCCACAACUGCCCACAUGCUGCCCUCCGCCCAACCAGCGGGGGAGCCCAAGAGCUGCUCCAACGGAGACAUCCUGCCUGGCUACACUGACGUAGAGACGCACAUCUGAGUCGCACCGUACAAAGGGAUUCAGCCCACCAGCACCUUUUUCCCAUCCCUAGGUUGCCCUCCUCCCAUCUAGAGCUCUCAACCAUGGACUUCCUGUUGGCUGACCUUUAACCCUCUCACCCUCCUGGACUCUCAUUGGCUGUUUGUUAUUUUCAUGUGGAGAGAAAUCGAAUAGGGCGCUCUGGCUUGAAAGCCACAGAGAGGACGAGAAGAAGGCACCUCAGCAUAGGAUGAUGGACACCUGUAAGGAGGACGAGCACAACACAGUCUCAGCAUGGAUUGUUUUGUCCAUGGGGACUCUGUAGUAACACAUUCCUCCAAGAGGAAAGAAAUGAAGAGAUAUUAACUGACAGUGGUAGUUUCUGAUGCUUUGUUUUUAGAUUCCAUAUAAACAAAUUGUUAGGAAGAAUUAAUGAAGGGAUACUUUCACACUGUCUUUAUGUAGUGCCUCAUGCAUCUAAUUUUUUUAACACAAUGCAGUUUAUUUUAGUUGGUGUAGCUGAGACACCAUCUCAUCUUUGCAGGUUUGCUUUUUUUUCUAUUCUGCUGUUUUCUGCUGUGACAGAGAAACAUACACACCUGGUGUAAAUGUCACAGGAGGGAACAGACGAUUCUUCUGAGAGAUCAGCCACCAGGCACGACCAACUAAACUGCACACCGUACCGCACUGAACUCGCACCCAGGGCCCAAAAACGUCAGCAACACCACUUCAACAAUACCAACCUGCCUGCACGGGACGCAUAUGUGCGAUUGUGUUGUUGUGGAGUGGAGUGUUACAGUUUUUCACGCUUAUAUAGGUCACUAUAUAACUUUGCAGCCUGUGGCAGGUCAGCGUAUGCAGUCACAGUCAGCAGGGGUGAGUUGUGAGAGCGGUGCAGCCGCUGGCUGAAUGAACGAAACUCAACACAACAGGUGAUGCAAAGUCUUCUAAUGCGUCUGUGCAGCCUUAACUUUCAGCGUUCGUCAAACUCUACAGAUUCUAUUUGGACUUUAGCAGGGUGCUAGACAAAUCCGCAUAAACUGUGUUUGUUACCGCUUUGAAAAAUAAUUAAGAAUAGAUUUUUGUAGUGUGCACACUGUAUACUCGGGAAAGAGUUGGAAUCAUGCAGUACUAACGGUCGAGUGUCGGUAGCAUAGAUUUUCAUCAAUUCAGAAAAAGCAUUUUGUAUCAGUUUAUGUUGAACACCUUCAUUUUUGUUUGUAGAGGUUUUCAAGUAACAUGAAACUGCGAGGUUACAGUCAUUCGAUGAGAGAGGACUACUGAGAAUAAAGCUGCCAAAUGGCCUGAGCCCUCAUCAGGCCAUCUCACAGAUAAUCCAAUCAGUUUGCUGCUUUAGUUUAGCUUUGUGUCACUAAUGAAACAAAACGUCACGUCCUCAUCGAGAUGUUCCCUCAAGAGGACCGUUUGCAGUUAUUAUGCUUCAUGAACAUUUGGACCACUUACCUCUGCACUCUUAGAUUACAAGUUCUCUCGAACAAUGAACUUUAAUGAACAGAUGUGAAGUAGAGCUGCAAUAAUUGACUGUUGGAGUUCCACUCUGUGGUUACACAGUACAGUUACAGUAUGCAUAGCUGAGUAGUAGAGAGGGGAAUGGUGCACAGGAAGGAAGGAGAUGCUCUGGUGUUCAGGUGGUGUUCCUUUCUGUCCACCCCCCUCUCUGCUGUCACUGCCAUCAUUCAGUCGGAUUCUGUGUUAGAGCCUAAAAGCUACACGGACCUCACUGCUGAGUGUAGCUCUCUGGGCUGUAAUGCUUUAGGUCAAAGGAUUCUGAAUAGGAAACAUACAUCAAUACCUCAGUAAUCAAACGAUCCUCAGCAAUCCAGUGGGACCUGUUGACAUGCAUUACUUUGUAGUUCUGUGUAGUGCUUUGUUGCAAUUUGAACCAUUCUCAGAGCCACAAAGCUGCCAAGCGCCUGUUUGUAAUCAACCUCGCUUCCUCCGAAAACCUCAUCAGUGUCUAUUUAGGCACCACAAAGCUGUGGAAACUUACAUUCCCUGUAACCCGUAAACAGCCGGUGCAUAAUAAGUUUAGAGAUGUAUCCUUCCUCCUUCCUUUGCCUUCAUAUCCAUAUGCUUCUUUGUCUUUGAUGCUCACCAUUCCUGCUCUCUCUCACCUUUACCUGCACAUUAUCAUGAGCUUCUCUUAAUCACAGCCUCGUAUCUCUGUCUGUGACUAAAGAAAUGCAGUCGUAUAAAUGUCUAAUAUCCUAAACUACAGAUAAAAGAGACGCUAAACCGUAAGCAGUGGAGACCUGUUACAAUGUUAAAUAAUGCUUAAAAGCAAAAAACAAAACAAAACACAGGCCUCUAGUUUGACUAAGGUGGUGUUACACUUUGGGCUGCAUGAGUUGUCCACAGACCAGCCGUGUAAGCUAACUUGCUAAAUAUGAGAUUCAUGUGGACGUGAGCAUGGAGCUCCUAAAAGUAAGGAAAGUCUCUUCACUUUCAAAGUGACUCAUUUUGCAGUGUUUUAUUCCUAAAGUGCUUUAUUUAGCCGAAAAAGUGCCCUCCUGACUAAAUAAAUAGAUGGUUAACUGUGAAUUGUAUUUAAUUUAUUUAUUAAAUUAUUCGUGUCAUGAAGGUUGCAGGAAAUGCUUUCUGUAAGACUGCAGAACUGCAAGUAAAAUCAGUAACUAACAUCCCUAAAAGCUGAAUUUCAGUCAUUUGGACGCUAAUGUAGAGAUGACAUUUGGACAGAAAUGAAAUAACGAGUGUGUUGAUGAGCUCAGAUUGUGCUCAGAUUGUUCUGUUCCUGCUCCGCUGAUAAAAGCAGUGAGGGUUGCUCACAAGCUGCACUAGUUUACUGCCUGUCAAACUAGAGGCCCGCGUCACUAAGGUCCCUCAAUAUGGCGAAUGAAUGAGUGAAUGAAAACUACUACAGAGGACUUACCCUCUGGCUGUCAUGUUGGAGGACCUCAGCCUUUUGCUUAGCGAUGGCUGCAAGAGGCUGAUUGUGUUUCUAUGCACAAAAUGUAUCCGUCUCAAACUAAAUUUAUGUUGUGUAUUUUUUUUUUUUAGUUUUUUUGACUGUGAACUGGUAUAUUUUUUUGCGUCGAGCAUGUUGUCACCUUGUUAGCUUGCGGAUUAACAUCGAUGUAGUUUUCUAAAAGAUGUUUUUGAAGGAGAGAACCGAGUCACAGCAGACAGAUCUGCCUUAUAGUCACUGAACAGCUGUGAUGCACCACAGCUACAUUUGACCACAGUCGCUAGAUUUGAGACACAAUCGCAAAGCUUGUAUUGUGAAUUUUGCAGUUCUUAAUGUCACUUUUUGUUUAUUAUUCUCUUUCUUUUCUUUUCUUCUUUUCUUUUUUUUUGGUUUGCAGUAUAGUCAUUGUCAGUCCUGGAUCUUUUUUAACAGCCUCCUUGCUUGAUUUGAGUCAGACUCGCUCAGUUUCUGCUCAGAAGCAGCUGAGUUCUCCUUUUUACUUGUAAACUGACAUGUAUCAACAUAUGUACUUUAUAUACUUUGUAAUGGUUUUUAAUUAACCAUAAACAGUUUUUAUUGUCUUAGCUUUUUGUUUUUGACAAUUGUUCUUUUUUUAAUUAUUCGUUGGUGUUUUUUAGUGAUACAUUUCAAUGACUACUGGAAUAAGAAAGAACUGUGGAGUCGGUGUGUCUGAUUUGAAAUAUAUAUAAAAGUGAAGGAGCUGAAUGAAUGAAGAAUGACACCGUACAGCUGGAUGGUUUCAUGGUGUGUGUGUGUGUGUGUGUGCUGAGCCAGUGUUUGGCUUGCCAAAGUCUUUUCCGUCUAUGCAGCAUCGCUGGGCUCGCGGUCCACUUCCUGCAGGCCACUUCAUCUUCAGACUCUGAGCGAUGAAUGUUUACUUGGGACGCCCAAGUUUGCAUUUGUUUCCUGUAGCACUCUGAGCUGCAGCCUGCAGUAGUUUCAGGACCAGCUAAACCUACACUAGAGCCCCUUAACUAAACUAUAAACUGCUAACUGCUACUACAUGAUUCAUUGUUUGUAUCAUUAGAGAGACGUUGAGCUGUUGUUGGACUUUUGGCCGCUUUCCCUGACAGUCAGAAUGGUGAAAACCCAACAUUUCUCUCCGGUGUGUGCUUUCCUCUACCUGCUGGUGCUUGCCUGUGGCAUGCAAGAUGCAGGUCAGAGCUGCAGAGAGGCACGCUCAGCACAUGAAUAAGCACAGGCCGAUGUUAAACACUAUGUCGCACGUGGCAGGCAGCCCUAUUUGGCUCUCGGUUGUUACAUUCAAAACUAGUGCAAGGCAAGUCAAAAGAGCUAAAGUCAGCGUGUUUAUACUGCAUUAACAGGUAAUAUGUCAUACUUACUUAUUUGACAUUUGCUUGGAUUUACUGCUGAUAUUGAUUGGGCACUUACCAGAAAACAACCUCUUGGCCAAACUUCAUUGGACAGAAAAAAAAACGCACGUGACUUGAAGCAAAUCCAAACUGUUGCAAUGUUGAGCCUUGUUAUUCUCCUCUGCAAAUGUGCCGUGUCUCUGCCCCUCUGAUCUCGGCCUCUGCUUACUGUUCAGCUGCUUUCCCUCAGCCGGAAACCCUGCGCAGAAUACCUGAAGCAGGAUCGCUGAAGGUCUAUGUAUUGUGAAGCUGAGCCGUGAGGUCGGCGCCUCGAACGCCGCCGUGGACCACUUCCAGCAAGAAUACUGUUGCCAGCAUCAGUCACCGUUUUUAAAUCGUGCGUGAAGGAACAUUUUUUAUUUCUCCGAGUCACACCUGCAUAAUGUAUAAACCUUUAUAUGCUCCAUAUGUCGUAGAAACUCUGUAUUCUUUAUGCACAUGUUUCACUGUCUUGACUGUAGGCGUCAUGUUCUCAUCAGCUAUAAAUACUCCAGCUUUUUCUGGUGAUAUAAUCUCAUUUAUAUUUCUGUAUGGUCAUCAGGGCAACACUCGGCCCAGGCCUUCCCAUAGCCUUACAUGUUGAAAUAUGAGUAAUAUUUCAGUGCGGGGCUCUGUUAAGCUUUCCUUCUCUGACCUCCAGUAAGGUUGCUGCAGUUUAACCUCUAUUGCCUGCCUUCUCUUCUUACAGCCGUCAGCCUCUGUCCUCCCCACACUACCUAUUUUUAAUAUAAAUACAUAAUUCUGUUGUAGUCAUUUUACCAAAUGUUCUAACAAGGCCAGUGACGCUGCAAGAUCUGAAAUUGAGUCAUGCUGCUAGAAAAAAAGAAAUCAAUGUAAUUUUUGUGUUUUUGUCGAAGUAAUUCUGAAUCCGUAUCAAAAGAGGCACAUUUUUUUCUAUUAAACCAACAAUAAAGAUGUAAUAUGAAAGCAACCCACGCUGUCGUUGCCAGUCACUCCUUUGUUGUCUGUGUGCUCUCCGUCCUCAG